CUGAUCAAAGAUAACAUAUUUAUCGAUUUGCGAGCGCUUUUAAGGGCAGCACUUGGUUCUAUCAGCUUUAGUUAAUACAGUAUAAUUCGCUUAACUGCAUCGAGUCGAUUGCAGUGAUUUUGGAGGCAGCUAUCUUAAAAAGGCAGCUAACGUAAUUUUUAUAAACUGUCUAAAAAAAAAAAACUUUUGAAUUUCGUCUUGAUUUUUAAUUAUACGGUUUAUUGUUGAUCUGUCACACUUGUAUUUCGUGCAGAGAACACUUUUAUCAACUUUUUCACUGACAGCCGUAAUAAUUUGGAGCUUUUCUUUUAAAGUUAAGCCAACCAAGCGCUUCACUUUACCCAUUUUUACGAUUAGGAAUGAUUUAUGCACACAAAUGGCACGAUCAAAACAAACGAAAAACGGACAUGCGCAAAGAGAUGCAAGCGUUGCCAUAUGCACAAAAAAAGAUACAUGAUUAAAACUCAUAAAUUUGUUGUUUCCAAAUUCGAAUCCUAGAUGGCGCAGUUAAGUUGGAUGAUAUUCAUAGAAUAAGACAGUUAAAUUCUGCCGAAACGAGGCACUUAAGUGCGAAAGGCAGCUAACUUGAAUGCAGCAAACGUAAUUAAUUUCAUACAAAUGAGACCAUAAAUGCAGAAAAAAAUAGAAAUAAGGCAGUUAUCUUGACGAUGCAGCUAAGCAUCGAGGCAGUUAAGCGAAUUAUACUGUACACAUCAAUAUAUUACGUGCAUCUUGGGACUUCCCCGUAUCUAAAAAAACCAGUUUCAAUAGUUGUGCCCAAUCAAAAUGGAUUACUCUCGUCAGGAUCCCCACCAUGUUUUGGGACUGCCUAGAAACUCAUCCAAAGAACUUAUUAAAAAAACCUUUAGACAAUUAUCCCUGCAAUUUCAUCCCGACAAAAACAGUGGCGGAUCGGAGAAGUUCGUGCAGAUCGCAAGUGCUUACCGCAUCCUGAUGAAUACCAAAACUCGAGCUUCAUCAGUCGAGCUCGUCAAUCCCGACAAGAACUCUACUCUAUCUGAAAACUCAUCUGAAUGGGCAAAACAAUUCUUCCCAGUUCCCAGCGAAGACAAUUUUAACGAAAAAGUCAAGGUGGCUGUAUUUAUCGGAGGCGUGCUAGUUGGAGCAUACAUAUCGUACAGAAUGUUCCAUACCCUUCAUUCUACGCUGCCAGUUCCGGAGACAGUCAUUCAGCAAAGUGUCGGCCAGGAAGUCAGUGAAAUGCACCCUGCUUCUUUGUGGACUUUGAUUUCUUGGCUGGCCGCCUUGAGAUCUAAAAGGUUACUAGGGCUCGGCAAAUUGACUUCGAGACUUCCCACUAACACCCUUACAACUGGAUUAUCUUCUGCUGCCGAUCGCGUGGCCGAAACAGCAACCCAAGGAACUCGAUCCGUAAUUUCUUCUGCGAACACAAACUCGCCCUUAUCUUCUGCAGCCAAUGUUGUCGCAAAAUCUUUAACACCAAAACCACAAAUUAAACUUAAUUCGGCUGCGGAGGUAGCGGCCAAAACCAUUACCCAAGCUUCUCAGGCGGCUUUAGCUUCUGCUUCCAAGCCCUUGAGCCCGGGACCACACAAUGAGCCGCCUGCUCUUAAAUAUAAAGCUACUAAAUUGUUGAUCGGACUACUCAGAUAUUGGAAAUGGGCCAAGAAAUUUCUACCCAAGGGUGCUGGCUUCAGCUCAACUUGGGAGAUGGCAUCCGUUAAUGGCACAGUUCGUCAGUUAUGUUCGGUUUCUUCAUCUGCUGCAAGAAGCACCGCCAAAGUCUUAAAAGUAGGAGCAUUGAAGGCAAUGGCUAUGCGACCAGAUAAUGCUGCUAUUGUGAUUCCUUUUAGCUCUGCUAUUACGAGCAGCAGCUAG